CCCCCGGUCUUCGGUCUUCACACGAAGUGGACGUUCCAUCCAGUCUUGCACAGAUGGAGACGGCCGUCGGAAAGCCGGGGCGUCACUUCGUGCUGGUCCACGGCCUCUGCCACGGCGCGUGGUGCUGGUACAGGGUGGCCACCAUCCUGCGGUCCGCCGGCCACCGCGUCACGGCGCCCGACCUGGCCGCGUGCGGCGCCAGCCCGCUGCGCGUCGACGAGGUGCGCUCGUUCGCCGAGUACAGCCGGCCGCUGACCGACGCCGUGGCCGCGGCGCCGCCGGGCGAGAAGGUGGUCCUCGUCGGCCACAGCUACGGCGGCUACAGCCUCGCGCUCGCCAUGGAGGCGCACCCGGACAAGGUGGCCGUCGCCGUCUUCGUCGCCGCGGCCAUGCCUGCCGCCGACUGCCCCAUGUCACAUCUACUCUCUCAGAUCAUGGAGGAAACGGCGACGGACCCCGCCACGGACGGUGCGCCCGCCGUGAACGGCGCGGCGGGGACGUUUCUCCCGGGCCCCGAGCGCCUGUCGCGGCGGCUGUACCAGCGAAGCCCGGGCGAGGACCUGGCGCUGGCGACGGCGCUGGUGAGGCCGGCGCGGUGGUUCCUCGACGACGCGGCGAUGACGGGGAGGAGCGUCCUGACCGCGGACAGGUACGGCGCGGUGAGGCGCGCGUGCGUGGUCACCGAGGAGGACGCGACGUGGGCGGCGGAGUCGCAGCGCCGGAUGGCGUCGCGGUGUCCCGGCGCGGAGGUGGUGGCCGUCGAGGGUGCCGACCACAUGCCCAUGUUCUCCACGCCCCGCCGGCUCGCCGCGAUCCUCAUGGAGAUCGCCGACAAGUACAGCUGAGCUCGCCAUCAACUCAUCGUCAGUACUGGCUGCCGUUUGGCAGAGUUCAAUUAUUGCGCUGAAAGGAGAGUCGUCAACGGCUAAAAAAAAGAGCAUCUCGCUGUCUUGUGAACUGUACCGAUAAUAAACAAUCGAGCAUUCUUUUGGUGUGGCUUA